UCUUUCUUUGCUGGUUUUUUUUUAACGGUUUGUAGAUCUAUUUCUAGCAUUUUUUAACGACGCCCCGUUUUCACGAGGUGUCCGGGGCGGUGUGCGCCCUCGCUGUCUGCCGCGGUGUGAAGCAUCUGACUUGAGCUGCGCAAUUAAAACCGAAUUUUAAAUGAGCUCGAUUGCGCACAUUUCAGAUCCUUCGGGAGUAGCAGGAAUCCUGGCUGUGCUGUCCUGCGGUGCGUCAUUUUUUUGUUGGGCGAGCUCUUGUACGGUGUGAGAGCAGUGAAAUCUCCACAGCGCCGUGCUAAAACGGGGGUCUUUGUUCCAGUACCUUAAGGUGGAAUAAAACCGAUUGCAAAUGCUUGAAUGUCACACAGAUCCUGCAGCACCAGUAAUUCCAUAACCUCUCCAGUAUUCCCAGCACUAUCAGCUCCACAGAAUGCCUGGAAUCGCUGACUGCAGUGACCCACCUUGCCUGCCUUUUGUUCAGCAGCUCUAAUUCUGUUUAGCAGUUUUUAUUAGAAGGAGCAGGAUGCCUGUGCUGGCUGUUGAAUGGCACAUCUCUUUGUUACCUAGGAACCCACCUGACUGACCUUCUCCCAGGCUUGGCUUCUGGAGUCUUAUUUUCUUGGCCAUGGCUACUUCUGACAUCCAGGUGAAGGAGCUGGAGAAGCGAGCCUCUGGGCAGGCCUUUGAGCUGAUCCUCAGCCCCCGCUCGAAAGAAGCCGUGCCAGAAUUCCCUCUGUCUCCCCCAAAGAAGAAGGAUGUGUCGUUGGAAGAGAUCCAGAAGAAGUUGGAAGCAGCAGAGGAGAGACGCAAGUCCCACGAGGCAGAGGUGCUGAAGCAGCUGGCGGAGAAGCGGGAGCACGAGAAGGAGGUGCUGCAGAAAGCCAUCGAGGAGAACAACAACUUCAGCAAAAUGGCAGAGGAGAAGCUGACCCACAAAAUGGAAGCCAACAAAGAGAACCGUGAGGCACAAAUGGCUGCCAAGCUGGAGCGCUUGCGGGAGAAGGACAAGCAUGUGGAAGAGGUUCGAAAGAACAAAGAAGGCAAAGAUCCCGGCGAGGCCGAGACCGACUGACUCCGUUCUGGAAACUGACUCUCCCCCUCCUCCAAAUAUCCAAAGACUGUACUGGCCAGUGGUUUUAUCUUUGGUUUUUGUUCGGUUAUAUAUAUAUUUUUUUUUUUAAGUUUCUUAGAAACUGAUGUAGAACUGUAAAAUUAGAUCCAAACUGUACACUUGCUUUGGGGGCUAGAGGGGAGACCUUCCAUGUGUCACUUUUCUAAAGUGUUGUAUUUCCAGUGUAGCUUUUUCUUCUUGUUGCAUCCUUUUCUACGCCAGUGCACUCGCUCUUGGGUUGAUGGCGAGUACUGUUUCAGCUCUGUAAGACCUUUGUGCAAGGAAUCUGUAGUAACUGUUCCAUGCUGAAUAUCUGUUACACUUCAAACAAAACUCUCUGACUGUCCAGUCUGCUAAAAUCCUGCUGUAACUGAGUGACUCAAUAAAGCUGCACAGUGCUGUUA